AUGAUCACCUCCGCCGCGCCACGCCUGGCCGCACCCCCCACCCCCCGGCCUGACGCCCCCGCUCCCCGCCGCGGGGCUGCCGCUCGCGCCACCCGCCGCGCGCAAACCCCCUCAGAAGAUCCCCCGGGUCGCGGCGAUCCGCCCGCGGACGGCAGCCGGCGGGAUGUGCUGGGCGGGGCGCUGGCCUUCGGCGUGGGCCGACUGUCGCUGGCCCGGCAGUCCCGGGCGGCCGACCCGCCCGCCAGGGUGGAGGAGCCGGCCCAGGCGCCCGGGGCGGCCUACGGCGCCGUGGUGAACGCCCAGCUGGGCUACCAGUUCGCCUACCCGCUGGAGACCAUCUCGCGCAAGGCGCUGCCUCUGGUGUACAGCAGGGAGCCCGUGCACUACUCCGCGGCGGUGCCGCUCAGCACGGACGCCAGGCAGAGGAUUGUGUGCGAGCUGGUGGACCUAAUCGACGGCGUCUUCAUCUCCGUCUCUGUGGGCCCUCCCGCAGGCGAACUCGUUGACUACGAUCCCGAGGAGUGGUCCCCGGAGGCUGUGGCGCACUCCGUCCUGGCUGACCGCUCCACUGCCAGGAAGCCCACCGGCGAACGAAUCUCCCUCAGCACCUUGCAGACAGUAAGCUCAGAGGUCCAUGACGGCCAGAUGUACUGCUACUACGAGCACAUCUCCCGCGGCUCCCCCACAGUGCGCAACGCCUCCCGGGAGACCUUUCGGCACUCGCUGGCAGUGACGGCCUGGAGGCCGGGAGCGGGCGGGGACCCGUACCUGUACACCCUGAACCUUACGGCGCCGGAGGGCCUGUGGCGGGACCUGGCGCCCCUGUACCAGGGUUCGGUGGAGUCGUUCAGGCUCACGGCAGUCACAAAGGACUACGUGCCCCCAGACAAGAUUCCGCUGUUACCCUUUUAG